AUGGAGGGCGACCCUCGCUUCCGGCAGCAGUUUGCUCGCGAUUUCCGGAAUCGCCUGCAACGGAUUCCUCUUGAUGGCAGCAUAGUUGCUUCCAUUGCCAGCCAAGUGGCUGACAUACCUGACGGCGAGGUCCCCCAAGGCCCCGUUGAGGAGGUUGUGGAAGAGGACCCUAGCGAUGCCGAUGCAUCAGCGAUCCCGAAUUUGCAGGUCACUGAUACCGAAUUGAACGCUCUGCACGCGCAGACUCACCACCAGAUGCCACUGCCUUCCAUUCGCAGGACCCCUAUCGACGAAUUCAACCGUUCCCAGCCGCUGUUAACGCUCGCGUUCCCUACCCUCUACCCUGACGGCAAGGCCGACUUCGUGGAGCCUCGCUUACGGAGCAUCACGUAUCAGGACUACCUUGGCCAUGCGAUGAGAUGGCAUGACGGACGUUUUGCCCGCCAUAAGACGUGGCCUUUCGUCGCCCUCAACACGCUGCUACAGGAAGCGAUGGCUGAGCCUGACGAGCCGGAGGCUCAGGCGCUGAUCCAGUCGAUCACGCGCCAAGCCGCGGUAAUCAGGGGCACCCGGCCACCUGGCCUUUUCGUUACUGCAAAGUGGAAAGCAGCUCCUGAGGCGGCGCGCAUGGUCCUGACUAUUGUCCUGAAGCAGAAGUUCAACCUAACGGACUUUUGGGGCCGUUACGAGUGGCAGGGCAGGGGUUCCAGUCACCACCACGGCCUAUAUUGGAUAAGUGGCCACCCAGACUUAGAUCCUGACAACGAUCAGUCCCGGGAGCAAUUCGCCCGCAUCUGGGGAUAUCACGUAUCUGCUGUCAACCCAGAGCCUCAGCGAAUACAGGCGCCUGGGGAAGGGAAUCCCCUGAUCGGCAAUCUAUUGGAGCAGCCCCUUACGGUUCAGUUCCUAUCAAUGGUGGUCAACCGCGUGCAACGCCACCGCUGCAACAACUAUCAGUCAAUUCCCUUAGUGCAGGUUUGA